AUGACCUCCGUUGGCACCCUUUGGACAAUUCCCCAGCAGGAUUACGGACGCAGGAUCCGUGCGAUCGUAGCGUUCGCCGGCCUCUCCAUCGACCUGCCCGAAACAUACGUGCACUUCGAAACGAACAAAACCCCUGCGUUCCUCGCCAAGUUCCCCCACGGCAAGAUUCCCGCGUUAGAGACUACGGAUGGCUUCAAGCUGUUCGAGACGCAGGCCAUCGCCCGUUACAUUGCUUCGCUAGCCCCCAACACUACUCUCUUAGGCUCCAACAUCAAGGAGGCUGCUCUGGUUGACCAGUGGUCCGCCUUUACCGACAGCGAGCUCAAUGCGCCUGGGCGCAUCAUUUUCCAGCUUCUCAUUGGCGCGAUCACACCCUACACCAAGCCAGUUCACACCACCAUGGUUGAGCGCCUGGAGCGUGCACUCAAUACCGUGGAGAAGCACCUGGCGACGCGGACGUUCCUCGCAACGGAGCGCAUCACCGUCGCUGACAUUACGCUUGCGUCCGUUGUCCAGCGCCAGUGCUCGUUCGUGAUCGACGCGCCCUUGCGCGCGAAACUCCCCAACCUCCUGCGACACUACGAGACCAUCGUCAACCACCCGUCGUUGAAGGCAGUCUUCGGCGAGACCGAGUUCUGCGAGAAGGCGCGGCAGUACACUCCCCCCGCGAAGGAGAAGAAGGAGCCCAAGCCCGCAGCAAAGCCCGCAGCAGCACCCGCACCUAAGGCUGAGAAGAAACCCAAGGCAAAGGAGGUGGACGACGAGGAGGACGACAUCCUCGUGCCGGAGGAGCCCAAGGCGAAGAACCCGCUUGACUCAUUGCCCAAGUCUACCUUCAACUUGGAGGACUGGAAGCGCGCGUACUCCAACAAGGAGACGCGUGGCGCUGGCGGAGCGCUUGAGUGGUUCUACGAGCACUUCGACGCGGAGGGCUUCUCCGCGUGGCGCGUGGACUUCAAGUACAACAACGAGCUCACGCAGACAUUCAUGUCGUCAAACCAGAUUGGUGGUUUCUUCAACCGUCUGGAGGCAUCUCGCAAAUACCUGUUCGGUUCGGUCGGUGUUCUCGGGCAGACCAACGACUCGAUCAUCAGUGGUGCCCUCAUCCUACGCGGGCAGGACGUCAAGGGCGUUGUCGACGUCGCGCCUGACUGGGAGUCGUAUGAGUACGUAAAGCUCGACCUGAGCAACGCCGAACAGAAGGCGUUCUUCGAGGCUGCGCUCGCCUGGGAUCUUGAGAUCGACGGCAAGAAGUGGGUGGAUGGCAAGAACUUCAAGUAG